GUUGUGUCAUGUUUCAGUCCGGAACAGUCAAGGCGGGGUCCUCAAACUACGACGCACUCACGAUUCAACAGAAUUGUUCCUUUAACACAGCAUGUUUCUUACGCUUUACGUUUUUAGACGUAUUAACCGUGGAAAACACUACUUAUCUGGGAUAUUAGUUUAGUGUACAGUUAAGCAAGUAAUGAUUUUUUAUUAUUGAAAUGGACAGGGAGAAAUAAUCGUUGUUAUUGUUUGAUUUUGUCUUCAAUUUUGAUCGAUAACGACAUCCACUUCUAAAAAAAUGGCCAGUAGCAGCGUGGAUAUGGAUCCAGAUGUUGCCCGAAAACUGUUUGUAGAAGGCGCUACCCUGGUGCUGCUCGGGGUUCCGCGGGGCACGGAGCUGGGCAUCGACUGCAAAAGUUGGCACGUUGGUCCGAAAUUCCGCGGGGUAAAGAUGAUUCCCCCAGGACUUCACUUUCUCCACUACUCUUCCGUUAACUCUCCCAGCUGUGGCACUGAGAUUGGACCAAAGACUGGCCUUUUCCUCACGCUAAAACCAAGGGAGAUCCUUCUGGCUAAUUGGGAUGCUAAGGAGGAAGACUUGGACUUUUCAGCCUCUAAGAAUGAGGAAGAGGUGAGCAAGAUUAGAGCAAAUCUACAGGAGCUAGACCCUCAUCUAGGCCCCUAUCCUUAUGAUGUCAUGAGAAAAUGGGUCUCCCUAACUGACCGUCUUAAUGAAGAGGUAGCCACCAAGCUCCAGCCUCUUUCAGGUCGAAUCUGUGCCUUCAGUGAUGUGAUUCCUGAACUCCAGUUAACCCACACCAAGGACAGAGCCGAGCAGCCAAGGAACGACACGGCCUGCCAGAGCAUGCGAGAGGGGCUGGACAGGCUUCCAAAAAUGAAGCAGAGAGAAGGGACUGAGUUACGGUUUUCUGUCAUUCCCAAGAAAACCUACCCUCCAGGAGCAAGCCCAGCAGAGAUUACACUGUGCAGCAUGGACCACAGUUAUGCCCUCGACAUGGUACUGGAAAAGUACUAUCAGACUCAACCUCUCAACUUACUAGGGGAGCUACAGUUUGCCUUUGUGUGUUUCCUGAUUGGCAAUGUCUAUGAAGGAUUUGAACACUGGAAAACACUGCUGGCUCUGCUGUGUCGCUCGGAGGACGCCAUGAGAAAACAUAAAGACUUGUAUCUAGGACUCAUCGCUGUGCUAUACCACCAGCUCGGAGAAAUCCCACCUGACUUCUUUGUCGACAUUGUGUCACAGAAUAACUUCCUCACAUCAACGCUGCAGGACUUCUUCCAGUUUUCUUCUGGACCUGGAGUGGACAGCACACUGCGUAAAAGGGCAGAGAAGUUCAAAGCUCAUUUGACCAAAAAGUUUCGAUGGGACUUUGACGCCGACCUGGAUGACUGUGCUCCUGUGGUAGUAGAGCUGCCUGAGGGGUUCAUAGUCAACUGAAAGAUAUUACAUUGUUUUUAUAGUGAAAAUGUGAAAAGGGGAAAUGUUCACUUCACCACAUUGAAUUCAAUGAACAGUGCACCUACUGCUACAUGACAUAUCUUGCCCUCAGAGGGCAAGAUAUGUCAUGUAGUGAUCAUGUUACUGAUAGACUUGAGAUAUCUGUAAUUUGAAAAUACAUCUCUGUUAUCUGUAUUCAAUAUAUUUGAUGUAUUGUGCACUUAGUAAAAUUCUAAUUGCCCACAGGAAUUC